UGCAUCCGUAUUUUCUAUUAAUUUGUCAAAGGAAUUCGUUCUUCUUUGUGCUCGCCAUAAUGGGUAUCGCGGAGUGUCCUUUAUCCGAGUCUUCACGGUGAUAUUUAAGAGCAAUAUCAGAAAGCACAGUGCGUUCAAGUAUGACGCCAGAAUUAGACCCUUACCACUACUAUACAAUUUGAAUGAGGCCAAUCACCCAGCCACCGUCUCUGAAUGGGACAUAAUCAGGGUGAGUCAUGUCAUAAUGGAAUAAAUUGUGCAGCUUUGUGCCUUUUUAAAUUGUCCUGCGCCCUCGUUUAAUAAAGGUCCCGAAUAAUCUUCUUUGAAUCAUUGAUCGACGAAAAGACGCAAAUCGGACGAAUCCAAUAAUCGACUGGUAAUUUUUUAAAUCGAAACACGCAUCGUUUAUCUGAUAAGAAACUUAGAAAAGGGUAUCGAGCAAAUUGUAUCGAGUCCAAAGUUUCAUUGUUAUUUAGAAUAGUGACUUUGUAAGACUUGAACUGAAGACAAAGGCAAUAAUGGCAUCAAGCAAUAAUUAGAAUCGUUAUUAAAAGUCGUGCUUGAUCGAAGCAUACAUAAGAAAUAAUUUGUAACAAGGAAUACCAUUCUCCAGUAAUUAACAUUGUACGGUCGGGACAUGAAUACACGAUGUUUUUCCUCUUAAACGAUAAGGGCACCUGUUUGACCUCAGUUCUUCUUAUUGUCAGUUUCUAUCGUAGCGAACGUGAGAUACAUCGGAAUAAGCUUUUUCGUAGGUAAAUAUCUGACCUAAAUUUAAAUAGUCGCCAGGUGUAUAUUUAAUUCCCAUGGACAUUAAGAACGAACUUGGUAUAAAUACCCUUCGAAAGCUUAGGGGAAUCUCAGAUUGGUAUUUAACUCGUCGUCACCACCAAAGGAAAAAGCAAACGAUUUAAAAUGUUCUUGCUUGUCUGUAUUCUGACCACGGUCACGCUGUUCGAAGCAUCCGCGGCGAGUAUAAAUGAAAUUCCAAAAAUCGUGGGCGGUUCUGCCGCUAAGGAUGGACAGUUCCCGUAUCAAGCUUCCCUUCGCUAUAAGGGACGACAUUUCUGCGGAGGAUCAGUAUUAAACAAGAGGUGGAUAUUGACAGCCGCUCACUGCGUAUCGAGCUUCAACGAUUCUGGGAUAACCGUGGUGUUGGGUACGAACACCUUGGACAAAGGUGGCGACGAAUAUCAAUCUGAAAGAGUGUUUGGUCACCCGAGAUACAGUUCUCUGCUGAUCAGGAACGACAUCGGAUUGAUUAAAGUGAACAAGGAUAUCGUUUUCGGGGAUAAAGUGAAGCCCGUGUCUUUACCCAACGAAAAUUUCAGUAAAAUUGAUUACCCAGCCGAGUUGUCCGGUUGGGGUACCACCAGCUAUCCCGGAGAGGCACCGAACGAAUUGCAGCACAUUGAGCUGAGCGUGAUCGAUCAAAAACAAUGUUUAAACGCCAGCUUUCGUGUCACCAACGACAAUAUCUGCACACUCAACAAGAGGGGCGAAGGCGCUUGUCACGGAGAUUCCGGUGGUCCUCUAGUGGCCGACAAGGUACAAAUCGGAGUGGUAUCUUGGGGAAUCCCGUGUGCAAGAGGUCGUCCAGAUGUCUUCACUCGUGUCUACAGCUACGUCGAUUGGAUAAAGAAGCACACUGAAGACGAUAGUCGUUAGGCUAAAAUACCUACUUCAAGC